UUCCUACCCCUCUAUAAUCCUUUAGGGGGGCACUGAAGAGUGGUAUCAAAAUAAGAAAGAUAACAAUAAAAUGGAAUGUCCAAAUAGAAUCCCAGCUUCUAUCUUCCAUGUGGAACAGUUGGUAGGAGGAUCCUCUGUGUCCAAAGAUGAGGGCUAUUUCGGCAGUUCCGGAAUGUAUGCUCAAAGAGUUGCGACCGAGUAUGACUGUUCGACAGCGAGAAAUUAUGGAAUCGCUUCUUCGCCUCUCUCCAAAGCGGGAGCACAAUCUCCGACAAACACGGCUCUCAGCGUCUACCAUCAACAUCAUUACCUUUCGCAACUAAAUGCUUUUGGGCCUGAAUAUAAAAAUUCAUCCCAGGUAGCACAGCCGGUUAUCCGAUCCCUGUUUCCAUGUUCUUUCCCAUCGGACAGUGUGAAGGAGGACUCAAUGUUCUGCCUAUAUAGCGGAGAUCCAAACGGACGCACGGAUACAGUUGUUGGAACUUGUUCCUACACCCGGAUGGCUGAGAGACGCCAUCCCAGUCAAACGCACGAACAUUCUUGUCCGGAAUCCUCGACAGCUAAUCAACCGUACCUAAGGAAAGAGAAGGCGCAUGGCUUCGCAUCAGAAAGUAUCUUCUCUGUGUCCGGAAUUGAGACAGAUAAUCCAGAACUAUUUAACGACACCUGCGAAACCAAUCAGGAGGCGCAUCAGGCAGUGGCAGACAGUAAACUCGAGGAGAAUCACAGUCCCACGAAACAACUGCCUGAGAAAGAGAACGUCCUUAAAACGGACGGUAGCACAGACAACUCAGACAGUGAGGUUAAAGGGGACAGAUUGGAGAAUGUCUUUGGAAACUGGCUCACAGCGAAAAGUAGACGGAAAAAGCGUUGUCCUUACACCAAACAUCAAAUACUGGAACUGGAGAAGGAGUUCUUGUUCAACAUGUAUCUGACGCGAGAGCGCCGCUUGGAGAUCAGCAAGAGUAUUGACUUAUCUGACAGACAGGUCAAAAUAUGGUUCCAAAACCGACGUAUGAAGCUGAAGAAAUUCAACAGGGAGAGUCGAGUGAGAGAGCUAACCUCUGCUUAUGACUAUACUUAAACCUUACAUCUUAUUUGGAGAGAAAUACUUUUACGCGUAAGCUCCACAUACAGGCUAGGCAUGCACACAUACAGGAGAAAACAUCUAGAGCAGGAUAGGAAUUGUAAAGCCUUUCAAACAUCUUCACGUUUUUUUCGAGCCCAUGCAUGGUUUUAUGAAAAAUGUAAGUUUCAUGAUUUGACAGUGAAAUGCUAUGAUGCUCUAAAGAUGCACAUUGUUUAAAAGGCUGGAUAUUAAAGUGGCACUCCAGACUCCUUUUCACCUCAUUUAACACCUGAUGUAGUUAACAAAAGGCACAUCUCAAUAGGUGGUUCAGGUAUGUCAUGAAAUACAUAGCAAAA